AUGAGACUAAGUGGAAACGGGAACGAGCAGCAAAUAUACGGAGAGAAAGCUAACGGUCAUAACAGCAUGGAUCAGACUUCCUGGGGUAAGUUUGCUAGAUUAUGUGUGGAAGUUGAUCUAACCAAACCACUCUUGGGAGUAUACAUGAUCAAUGGUAAACUUUAUCAGAUUGAAUACGAAGGAAUACAUCAGAUAUGCUUCCUAUGUGGGAAAAUAGACUAUGAGCAAAAACAAUGCACCAUAGAAAAAGAGAUAGACUCAGAGAGAGGGCAGCACUUACAGGUGAGAGACGAGAACUAUAAAGAAACAAGCAUGCAUCAAGCUGAAGGGCAUAACACUCAUAGAAUGGAUGCAAAAGAAGAAGAAGCAAGAAGAAAAGAGAAGGGCAAAGAAACAAUACAACACACCAGCAACAACUUUGGUCCAUGGAUGAUUGUCCAAAAACAAAGAUCUAGGAGAGAGACAAAAGAGGAAGGAAACAAAAACGGUGAAGGCACAAGCAAAGCAGUAGAAAAGGAGAAGAAAAAUGAAAAUUCAUCUAGAUUUAAGGUGCUAGAAGUAGAGGAGACCCAGCAAGAAGAGGAAGAACUACAACAAAAGGAGGAAGAAAGAGACACUAACAAGCAAACUACACACAAAGCAUCCCCACAGAAAAACAAGGGAAAAAACCAAAUGCAACAGAACCAGAAAAAACCAAAGGAAAACAACAACGGGACUUUCACUCAGAACUUACCUAAACAAACAGCACAGAGCAAAGGGAAAGCAAUAGGAUCACAUAAAGCAAUUAAGAUUACACAAGAAAAGACCACCAGCCAUAACCAAGAAGGACUAAUAGAGGAAACACACAGAGAAAAUUGGAAUGAGACAAAUGAUGACACACAAAGCACUGAACUAGAGGAGAUACAAUGCACAGAAUUAAAUAAGAAUUUUAUGGAAGAAGGGAGACCUCUAGAUCCAGAAAAAUCAGAUCGAAACCAGGAGGAUAGCAUGGAGACAGAGAUGUAA